AUGUCAAUUACAUCUAGAACAACAGUAGAAGCAUUGCCAUCAGUUAUAAGUCAUUCUACUACGUUCAAUAAUAAUAAUAAUAGCUUUUUUUCGCCAGCUAAACUAAAUAAUAGUGGUAGUGGAAUUGGGAAAAAUAAUUAUAAUCAAAGACAUUAUAACUCAAUGAAAGAUGAAAAAAUUGAAUUGGUAGAUCAAAGUAAUAAUAAUGAUGAUGCUAAUAAUAUUAGUAAUAAUAAUAGUGGUAGUAAAAACCAGAAUUCUAAAAAGAAACAAAAACCAAUUAUUAGAGCAGCAGGAGGAGAAGUUUGGGAAGAUUCUACAUUGUUAGAAUGGGAUUCAAAUGAUUAUAGAUUAUUUUGUGGAGAUCUUGGUAAUGAGGUGACAGAUGAUAUGCUUUACAAAGCAUUUAGUAAAUAUUCAUCCAUCCAAAAAGCCAAAGUGAUUCGAGACAAAAGAACAGGUAAGAGUAAAGGAUACGGAUUUGUAAGUUUUAAAGAUGCUGAUGAAUUUGUUAAAGCAUGGAAAGAAAUGAAUGGUAAAUAUGUUGGAAAUAGGCCGAUUAAGUUAAGGAAAAGUAACUGGAAAGAUAGAAAUUUUGAUGCAAAAUCAAAAAAACAUCAUCCUUAUUAA